UUUGUGUGCAAUGUCAUCAAACAUUUUCUUCAAAAAGUUGCCUGAAUCGCCAUCAAAGGCAUUUAUCCAUUCUGUACAUGCGAUUGCUAAAGAGAGGUUUUCUCGCCCUCGGAUUGGCCCGUUAACUGCGGUCUUCUUAUCACCAUACGCUAUCACUCUCCUCUCGAGAUCGUUUAAUCCGUUCGAACAUUUUAAUUCAUUAAUUCGGCAUAGUAACGUUACAGAAAUAUCUUCCAUUUCAAGAACCUCGUGGCUCGUACAAAGACUAACUAUCCAAAUCGCUUGUAAAAUGUAAACCAAAGUAUGAUUUUUUUCUUUAAUUAGCGAAGUUAUACUUUUCAAGGGACCAGGACUUCGCUUCACUGCGAUUUUUUCACCUGCAUAAUGAUCAUUUGAAUUACUCGCAACAUAAGUACUUAUGUUUAUUGUUUGAAUAAUUUGGACCAAAGAGGCAUACUAUCAUACUGCGUACGAUAUAUUUUUACUUGCAUAGCGAUGUAGGUGGCUAAAGUCAUUAUUUUUAAUUUUAUUACUUUGCCAAAUUGAUGGUGAUCGAAGUUACUCAUAAGUCGUAACGCACCAAAAUGUUUCUUUUUUUGUAUUUUCAUAAGCGCAUUGUGUUAAGAAUGGACGCAAGUUAUCAAUUUUUCGAUACCGCUUGUUGAUUUUUGCAUUGUUAAGUUCAAAAUUUAAUAAAAAUGUCAGUUUUGUCGUAAGUUUAUUUGCAUAUUGCCCAUCUGCAUGCAUGCAUAUUGCAUUUCAAAGAGCAAGCGGCUGAUGGAGGCGGAGCUUAUCGAAACGCAAAUUAAUUGGCCAAUCAGAGGGCGGCAUAACUCCGCUUUAGCAAUCGCAUGUACAGAAUGGAUAAAUGCCCAUCAAAGAGAGCAACAUCCAGCUCCUCUUUUUGAAAAACAACUUCAUAAUUGUCCUCACUGUAAAAAGAAAUUCACCCGAAAAUCGAAUUUGACUGCUCAUAUCUAUGCUCUUCAUGAGAAGCGAUUUGUAGAAACAAAUGUGAAAAGGAAUUAUUUUACUGUAGGAAAACACUUUAGUUGUGAAUGUGGCGAUAAAUUUUCUUAUAGACAAAGUCUUCUACACCACAUCAAAUCAAAACAUCUCGAUCUUCAUGAAACAUGCUAUGAAUGUGACUACUGCUCCGCCAAGUUUGAGAAGAAAAGUACAUUGCGCAAACAUGUUACCAAACAUACUGCCAAAAAUGAAAAUGUUGAAGUACUGCAACUGAACAAAAAAUCUAAACGUCGCAAGCCCAGUACAGUUGUUACAUGUGUCAAAUGCGGUGAAGAUUUCAGGAAUGAAGAUCUACUUUUAAAACAUCUUGAAACUCAUGAUAUUAUUGUGAAGAAUGAAACGAUUCCUUUCGAUAAUUGGCAAGCAUUUCUCAAAUGGAAAGAUGAAACGGAAGAGAAAAUUUUUUGCCGUUUUGUGAAACGAACAUCAAAAAAGAACAAAUCUGAACGAGUCACCACUUAUUACUGUGAAAGACGGGGUUCGUAUUUGCCUAUUACUACUCGAAAACGUCGUGAACGAAUGAUCGGUUCAAAAAAAAUUCACGGAUAUUGUCCUGCAAAAAUCGUUGUCAGGGAAAACACGUCUGAUAAACAGAAUAACUGUGCUAAAGUGAAGGCUUUUUUUUGUUCUACGCAUGUUCACCCCUUAGAGCCUCAAAAUUUGAAAUAUUCUCCUUUUAAUUCAAAUAUAAAAGGUGAAGUGGCGAAGAAGUUAGCUGUUGAAAUUCCAACUCAACGCAUCCUCAAAGAUAUCAGAAAAAGUUCAACUUGUUCCUCUGAACAUAUUUUGCAUAAAAGCCAACUAUUGACCAGAAAAGACGUUGUAAACAUCGCGCGAGCCAACAACUUACAAUUUAUGAACCGGCGGUCUACAAAAGAUUUUGAAGGUGUUGAAUCCUUUACAAUAGAACAUACUGACUCAGUGUUACUGUAUAAAAAACAAAAAGAAGUUUUAGAAGAUUUUCCCGAAUUACAGAGCGAUGAUUUUGUUCUUAUUUAUAUGAAUCAGAAGCAGAAGGAAAAAUUGCAAAAGUUUGGGAAUAAUGUGAUUUGUAUGGACGGUACUCAUGGACUUAAUAAAUACGGUUUUAUUCUUCACACCCUAAUGAUAUUAGAUGAUUAUGAUGAAGGUUACCCAGCUUGUUUUCUUUUUACAAAUAGAAACGAUUUUGUAGUAAUUGAAAUAUUAUUUCGAUGCUUGAAAAAAGAAAUUGGACUCUUGAAACCAAAAACGUUUAUAUCUGAUAUGCAAGAAACUUAUUUCAAUGCAUAUUUGCACGUGAUGAACCAUCAACCCGAAUUUCAUCUACAUUGCACAUGGCAUGUGCUAAAAGCUUGGAAACAACAUCUAAAUAAAAUUAAAGAUGCUGUAAAGCAUGAAGAAACGAAAAACCAGCUGUUCAGUUUACAUCGAUGUGGAAGUAUUUCCGAAUUUGAAGAAAAAUUGAUUGAUUUUUGUACUAUUGAAGAGCCAGAGCCAGAGCCAGAGGCUGAAUCCGAUAUUGAAAGUAUAAAUUCUGUGAAAGAUACUGUUGCUGAGUUCAAAAGAUAUUUUAUUCAAACUUAUGUGCCUCGUAAAGAACAGUGGGCAUAUUGUUACCAUCAGCAUGCUGGAGUGAAUACAAAUAUGGCACUUGAAAAUUUCCAUGGUAAAUUGAAACAUAAUUUUGCAAAUGGAAUGAAUAUUAAUCAUUUGCAAGAUAGUCUUGCCAUUAUAGAGAACUAUUUAGAGUUCAGACUUGAAAACGAAGCGAUUCAUGAUGUAAAAGGUCAUUUGUCUUCAAAAAUAAUAAAACUGAGAAAAUCCCAUGAUAAAGUGAUUGAAAAUAAAAACGAUAUUCGCCUACGUAAGAUCAGUGAAGCUGAAAAUGAUUGGAUUGUUGCAUCAUUCUCCUCAAAUGAUGUUCAAUACCAGGUUACUUACCUAACGGAUUGUAGGCCAGAUUGCAAAUUGACAUGUGAAAAGUGCAAUAUUUGCGCUCAUCGAUUUAAAUGCUCUUGUCCUGAGAGUAGUAUUAGAAGUGUUAUGUGCAAGCAUAUCCAUGCUGUUGGUAUGCAGUUUAUUGAACAGACUGUGGUUGAAGAAAACUGGGUCAAUGAAGUUGAAAAUAGCCCUGUGGUUGAAGAAAACUUGGUUCACGAAGUUCAAAGUAGCGUCAUUGGGUGGAAUAAAGAACCUGAAAUUCCUCAAGAUGCACCAUCAGCUGUCAAAAGAAGAACGAAUACGGAUACAGAAAAUAGAAAAAUGUUUGAUGACAUCAUGAAUGUAGUCGGAGCAUCCCCAAGAAAAAAUGCAUUCGUUAGUCAGUCACUUAAAAAAAUGCGAGCCACCAUCUUGGCAAUGCAAAGCGAUGUACAUUGUCCAAGUGAAGAAAAAAAAGCAGCCAAGCCCAAAAAAAUAGUACAUCAGCGUGAGUUUUAUGCUACUACCAAAAAAAAAGGAAGAAAACCAAAAAAAUAGGAAUAUUAUGACGUGAUGAUAUUUUCCAACUUGUUUUCAUUAAAAAAAAAAAAAUUGAAUCCAUU